AUGGUCCUGCCAAAUGUACCCUAUUAUCCGGCGUUGAACUUGUUACCUUCAGGUACCCUCAAAGCGCUAGGCAGCGUCCAAACUUCACUUUCAUACAGCAAAACAGGCAGUAUUAAGACCUUAAAGACACGUAGCUUGGUCCUUCUGCACAGUUACCGACAUAUCCAUAUGCUUUUCUUGAUCGAGUUCAUGUCUCCUGCUGCCAGACCAACCUCUAGGCCCAAGAGCUUCGUCUCAUUGCUGGAUGUCAUCAGUGAUUUCAGAGACUCAUAUAGGAUAGCAACAUCGUCGGCAGUCAAGCGAUUCGCGACGCACCGAGUUAAACGCCUUCUUGAGGUCGACCCAACUCACGAUAGCGUUCCACAUUCGUGCCUAGCGGUCGACGUGACACGCGACCCCGCGCUCAGCGCUUACCCAAAACAUCAUCUCAUGUGUCCUCUUACAUGUGCUGAGAGUUAUGAAAGCAUCUGUGGCUCUAGGAAUAGUGCUCGCUCUGGACACUCCAAGCGAAAGAAGAGGAGUAAGUGGGCGAAGAAAUGGUAUCUCUGUCGAAGGGAACUAGGACAUACACGAUUGCUGAGGGAAUUAAGGGACGACGAGCCAGAGGAUUACAGGAAUUUCCUCAGAAUGGACGCCGAAUCUUACGACGAACUUCUAAAUUUAGUGAUGCCAGUGAUAGUCAAACAAAGUACUACCAUGCGAGAAGCCAUUUCUCCAAAUGCGCGUCUCACUCUACGUAUGCAAAACCACAAAUUUCACCCGCUCAAAAACACCCACAAAAUUUCUAUACUCAAUCCACUCCCAACAACUAGCCAACUUGCCAUCACACAAAUACCUAGGCAUCACACAACACCCAACACAGAGUUUAACACGCCUAUAGACACAUACAAUACAAAGCAAACAGAGCACUGUUUCCUGAGGAUCAAUAUUCUGCAAAACAUUUUUCUUUCCGUCAUCCACACCACCUUAAAGGUUUCGAAGACCCUUGGCUGUUUGUUGACGUCUGCUUCAUGGCUACCGAGAUAUGACAAGAGCAAGUCAAGUGAUACAAAAAUGAGGAAUUCUGUGUUUCUAACGCUUUUAUCUGCCGUAGUAGUGGCCUCUUUCCCAGAGCAAGGGAUUUGGCAUCUUUCAACGUCGAAGGACAAUCAAUAUGUUGGAGUUAAGAAAAGCAUGUUUAAAGGGGGCAAAAUCAACAUCAAAGUCCGGUGCAAGCCAACCAAUAACCCGCUGGAUAUAGAAAUCACCUGGAUGUUGCGGAAGACACCUUGCUGGAAUGAGUAUGUCAUACCAGAGGAUGGGAAAGACGCAUUGCUACAGAAUUACUUCAAUCAUCCCGGCCAGUUUAUUCAGGACUCUAAAGAUGGAAAGUAUAAACCUGGAUAUGUGAAGACAGAGCCAGAAAUAGUUAGUUGUGAUGACAAUAUUAUCCUGCAUGAAGUCGACCUGGAAAAGAAAUUGGUUACAAAAUCAGAUGCUGAUGCUGAAGAGGCUCACCUAGAGGCCGCAAGAGCAGUGUUGGGGGAUACUCUAACAACAACAAAGGCUACUCCUGUUGUGAAGUCAGGUCUUUCGGAGAGUGACAUUAGUGCUGGCGGAGCGGCCCAGACCAAGCACCCGGUGGCUAUCCUGCCCUUUGACGGGGUCUACCUCUUGGUAGUCCACACGGAAGUUGUUCCUGAAACUGUGAUUGGCAAUGAUUCAUACAUCGCUGAGAUUGAUAUUGAGAUGAGGAGUGACUAUGGUUACCUCUCAGCUGUAGAUUGGCCGUUGCUUGGCUUCUAUGCAGCCAUGUGUGUUGUUUACCUCAUCUAUGGUUUGGCUUGGCUCAUUGUUUCCUUCAUGCACUGGAGGGAACUGCUCCGAGUGCAGUACUGGAUUGGAACAGUCAUCUUGCUUGGUAUGCUGGAAAAGGCAGUGUUCACAGCUGAAUACAGCAGCAUUAAUCAGAAUGGGUACAGUGUCCCAGGCCUCAUCAUUUUGGCAGAGUUAGCUUCCUGCGCCAAGCGAACUCUUGCCCGGAUGCUAGUCAUUAUCGUGUCUCUUGGAUUUGGGAUUGUCAAACCACGCUUAGGUGUGAUUCUGCAUCGUGUUGUUGGUGUUGGUCUUCUCUACUUUGUCCUUUCAAGUAUUGAAGGAUGUACAAGAGCACUACAGUCUAGAAGUGACCCUCAGAAACAGGUCCUUCUAGCUUCCUUGCCUCUGUCCCUUCUGGAGUCAGCCAUCUGCCUCUGGAUUUUCACUGGACUUGUGCAGACCACUCGCAUCCUUCGCUUGAGACGCAACCUGGUUAAGCUCUCCCUCUACCGGCACUUCACCAACACUCUUGCAUUUGCUGUCAUAGCCUCGGUUAUUUUCAUGUUGUGGUCCAUCAGGUACCACCAGUUCGAAAAGUGUCUCACUGACUGGAAGGAGCUCUGGGUGGAUGAUGCUUAUUGGCAUGUCCUCUUUGCUG